UUAAUUUUUUUUUUCCACGAUUAUUUACAAUAAUUUUGUUUUUGGCUGGACGACGACAGUUAUGCACAAUUUCGUUGAAUAAUGUUGAAAUUUUACUUCUUUAUUUCUUUUUAUUGGUCCAAUCCAAUUCCCCCUAAAAUUUGGAGAACUGUAAUCGAGUGGGCUGGAGCUGAGCAUUCUGGAAUUGUGCUCGAAUUAAUUAGGGUUUCAUAUAUUUGAUCACAUUUUAUGAUCCGAAAACACCAAAUUUUGAGUUCCUCUCUUUUUAAUUAGACGUUUUAUGAUUGUUAAGAUUCUUCAAUUCCGUGAAUUUUUCUCACUUGAAUAUUUGAUAUCUUAUCAGAAGUGGUUACUAGUAUCGAUUAGAAUUUUGCUUUAACUUAUUAAUGUGGAAGCGUUAACUGGGGAGCUUGGAUUUCGAUCAUGAUCACCAUAUGAAAAUUAGGGGAUUUAGUUGACAAAAUUUGAAGCGGUGCGUUGCUCGACUUCUCAUAUGCUACGAGCAUGAUGUCCUUCGAGUAUAUGUGUCGUGCAAUUGUGUUUUUGGUUCAGUUUUCAGUCAUGCUUUGAUGGGAUUGAGUCCUAACACUUUUCUGUUUUGGGCAUUGUUCCUCCCCGUAUUGCUGAUGGUUCGUGUUCUUUGCAGUGCUUGCAGGACUUGCUUUUAUGUUUUCAGCAAGCAUCUUGUUACAAAUCCUGGCUUGUGCAUUGUACAACAAUUGGUGGCCUAUGUUAUCUGCUCUGAUGUACGUCGUGGUACCCAUGCCUUGCUUAUUCUUUGGUGGCGGUUCUACUCAGUUUUUGCUUACUAGGGAAAGCGAUGGGUGGAUAAAUGCUGCUAAAUUCUUGACUGGGGCAUCCACUGUUGGGAGCAUAGCCAUUCCUAUCAUUCUUAGGCACGCUCAUAUGAUUGAGACACCUGCAAUGUGGAUUGAAUUCUUUUCAUUCUUCAUAUUUAUCUGUACUGUCAUGUGUUUCCACCGUGCUAGUCUCGAAGAUGAGUGGUGAUUAGCACUCGAAAAGCCUAGGUUCUUAUCUACUGACUGGUAAUUGUUGCGGUCACCAUUGAUGUAAUAUAAGUUAAACAAUUGCAAGAAGUGUGAUAAUGCAUGCGAACGGGAAAGGAACGUAGCCUUUCCCACUUUGUAGAUGUGAUCACUAUAUAUAUGUAUGUUCAAAGACCCUUUCUUCAAUCAAUCUGUAUACGUUGUUGGAAGGUAUCUUGAUCGGUUUUGCCUUUUACUUGAUUUGGCAAGGACGUUAGUUUCUUUGUUAAUGUGGGAUUGUUUGUGUAUGUGAUCGUCUAAUCUUGGAAAUUGCAUUUGCAAUUCAAUAUUAUUUACCUGUGA